AUGGCAUUGACAAUUAGAGUACUGAUUCUUUUGAUAAUCAUGAGUUUUGUGGUUCUUCAACAGAAAGGAGAUGCACAAAAGCAUAAAAAAACUGAAGGAUUAUUGAUGAAUUGCAGAUUUGAUAAAAUAUAUCAAUUAGGCAACUCAAUUUCUGAUACCGGCAAUUGUCUGAGAGAGAGCCUUUGUGGAACUCAUUCUUCAUGUAGAAGAUUUCCUUAUGGAAUUAAUUUUUUCCAUAACGUGACAGGACGAUGUUCUGAUGGAAUGUUGAUGAUUGAUUUCAUAGCUCGGGAAGCUGGUCUUCCUUUUCUAAAUCCGUUCAAGGAUCGAAAUGCAGAUUUUAGUCAUGGUGUGAAUUUUGCAGUAGCAGGGGCUACUGCUUUAUCAGUUGAAUCACUUGCAGAGAAGAACAUUGCUAUGUCUUUCACAAAUAGUUCAUUAAGUGUGCAGCUUCAUUGGAUGUCUUCUCAUUUCAAAUCCAUUAGCUCUCCUGAAGAAAAAUUGAAGAAAUCACUUUUCCUAGUUGGAGAAAUAGGAGGAAAUGACUUCAAUUAUGGCAUAAGCCAAGGUAAAUCCAUCAAAGAGGCUCGAAAAAUGGUGCCAGAAGUUGUUCAAACUAUCAUUCAUGGUGUUAAAAGGGUUAUCGAUUUUGGGGCUACUCGAAUUAUUAUUCCAGGCAAUUUCCCAAUUGGUUGUGUCACGGCUAUGUUAACAAAAUUCCAGACCAACAAAAUAACGGCCUACGAUGAGUAUCAUUGCGUAAAAGAUUUAAAUAGCCUUGUAAGAUACUUCAAUCAUCAUCUGCAACAAGCCAUUCACGAGAUGAAGAAAAAGUAUCCAAACAUUAUACUGAUUUAUGGUGAUUACUACAAUGCCUAUUUGUGGCUUCUACGAAAUGCAGUCUCUCUUGGAUUUGACAAAAACUCGCUACAGAAAGCUUGUUGUGGAACAAGUGGAAAAUAUAAUUAUAACACAAGUAGAACAUGUGGUGCACCAGGAGUCCCAGUGUGUGUUGAUCCGAGUACUCAUAUUAGUUGGGAUGGAAUUCAUUUGACACAAGAAGCAUAUAAAUGGUUGGCAAGAUGGCUAAUUGAUGACAUGUUACCUCAAUUGAAUUGUCAAGUUUAA